CCCGCCCGCCGCCGCGCCACUCGGGCUCUUCGACGCGCGCGCCGCCGCCGCCUCGCUGGCCGCUGCGGCCCGCUACGAGGCGGAGCGGCUGCAGCCUCCGGGGCAGCGCGAGGAGGGAUCGCAGAGCGCCGGGGACAACGAGGCAUGCGAACGUGACGAUGGCGCGGAAGGCUCGCAGCUCGCUCGUGGCACCGAAGCAGCCAGGGGCCACCAGCCCUCCCCACCUCGUCUCCCCGCCUCUGGUGGCGAUGGUGGUGGUGCUAGCGGCGAGGCGCCCCGGGAUGCCAACGUUGUGUUGUCCCGCGUGUUCACCCGGGUGCAGCAGGGCCUUACACGGGGC